AUGACAGUUCUUAAAAUAAAGGGAAAUGACACUUACAAUAACUCAAUUGAAUCUGAAAAUACAUAUGAAUUACAGGAUAAAUCAAUGAUUUCUAAGGAUGAAAAUUCGCCUGAUUUUUUGGCAAUAACAAAUUUGCCAAGACAAAUGAAACAGAAUCCAAUAAAUUUAAAAGGAUUUGUCUCUUCUAUUAUCAAUAAUGUUAAAGGUGCAUGGAUAAAGGCUAAGAAAGACUAUAAGGAAUCUCUAAGGAAACAAACUAAACUUCGACAUUUAAAGAAAUACUCAAAUUCAGAUUUCUUAAAAGUCAAAAAGACAGAACUUAAAGCACGAAAACGUUUGAGACAUGCUAAAAUAGACAAAGAAAAUACAUCGUGUAUAUAUACCGAACCAAUUACAUCUAAAUCGUCUGUAGAAAAAUCGCCCAUUUGUCAGCUUAAAUCUCCAGAUUUACCUAUGUCUAUUGACACAAAUAAUUCGAAUUUAGAUAAUCCUUUAAUUGCUCCUGAUUCUAUAGAUCUUGAUCUUAAAGAUGCCGAAUUAGUUAAAACAAACGACAUAUAUUGCUCUUUUGAAUCUUUAAAGGAUGAAUUCGAAAAAACAAAAAAACGACUUCAAAUCUUUGAACAAAAGUAUGGUCCAUUUGAACAACUUUUUCCUACCCCUGCAAAUCAACAAUCAUCUGAAAUACUUAAUACCCCUUCUAAAACACAAAAUCAAACAAUUCUUGAUAGGGUUUCUUCGACUUCCUCUAUUUCCAAAAAUACUUCAAUUUCUAUAGAUAAUUCAUCUAAUUCUAUUCAUACUAAAAAUCUUCCGCUUCUAGGUGAUGAUCCUUCUCUUGAAAUAUUAUCUCCUGUUAUCUUACAAAACAAAAAUAUUAAUUACAAUAUCGAAUUGACUUGA